GCUUGCAUCACCCUCCAGCUUUAGGAAGGUCAAAAUGGAAAUGCCCAGAAAAACAUGUCUGAUUUGUGCAGGGAAUCUGGGAACACAAGUGGACACUUGUCACUUCCUUCUUUGUACAGAGCCUGGAACUGAAAAGUGACAUCCUGACAUCUAGGAGCAUCACAAACACGGAAUGACUGGGGAGAAGCUGCUUUGGUUGACAAUCCGUAUUCCUGCGUGCUCGUUAAAAGAUGCCAGCACUUCCAAUCUAGUCAGUCAAGACUGGGCUGAGCCUGGAUCUGCUCUGUACUUUUGAGGUAGAUCUGGGGCAUACCAUCUCUCCUACGCCACUCCAAGGAGUCAUGGAGGACAAACGCAACAUCCCCAUCAUUGAGUGGGAGCACCUGGACAAAAGGAAAUUCUAUGUGUUUGGGAUUUGCAUGACUAUGAUGAUCCGGGUGAGCGUUUACCCUUUCACACUCAUCCGGACACGGUUGCAGGUUCAGAAGGGCAAGAGCCUAUACAACGGGACUUUUGAUGCCUUUGUGAAAAUCCUGCGGACAGAAGGGACAGCUGGGCUCUACCGUGGCUUUUUGGUCAACACUUUCACCCUGAUCUCUGGGCAGUGCUAUGUGACAACAUAUGAGCUCACUCGAAAGUAUGUAUCACGGUACAACAACAACAAUGCCGUGAAGUCUCUGGUGGCAGGCGGCUCAGCCUCCCUGGUGGCCCAGAGCAUCACGGUGCCCAUUGAUGUGAUCUCCCAGCAUCUCAUGAUGCAGAGGAAGGGGGAAAGCAUGGGCAGGUUUAAGGUGCAGAACCAAGAUGGCAAGCGGAUGUUGGUCUUUGGCCAAACCAAGGACAUCAUUGUACAGAUUUUCAAGGCCGAUGGCUUUAGAGGCUUCUACAGGGGCUAUGUGGCCUCGCUGCUCACCUAUAUUCCCAACAGUGCAGUCUGGUGGCCCUUCUACCACUUCUAUGCCGAACAGCUUUCUAGCUUGACUCCUAAAGACUGUCCCCAUCUCCUCCUGCAAGCUAUAUCGGGGCCACUUGCAGCUGCAACAGCUUCCACGCUCACCAACCCCAUGGAUGUCAUCAGGGCUCGGGUUCAGGUGGAAGGCAAGAGCUCCAUCAUCCUCACCUUCAGACAGCUCAUGGCAGAGGAAGGUCCCUGGGGCCUGACUAAAGGCCUCUCUGCCCGCAUCAUCUCGGCCACUCCUUCCACCAUCGUCAUUGUGGUGGGGUAUGAAACUCUGAAGAAGCUGAGCCUCCGCCCGGAGCUGGUGGAUUCGAGACACUGGUAGAGGCAGCUGGUGGAAGAGGAACCUUGUUUUGAACCCUCUGAAUUUGGACCAUCACAGUUGAAAGCUCGGGAGGAGAGGCAGCUGCUGUCUCCUUUGUCUCUCGCUGGUUUCACGGUACAAGGCAGAAGCAGGAGCAACUGCAGUUCACCUCUUUAGAUUUGUGAUACAAUGCUCUGCUGCUGUUUCUGCUUAAAACCAUCAAAAUGUGACCUUUGGCAAUGCUGUUUGCCUGUGACAGUUCACUCAAGAGCAGCCAGGUGUGUGAACGCAUCCGGGCAAGUUCUUAAUUCCCUUUUUUUAAAUUAAAGACUUACUGGCUGAAGCAAAAAGCCAGUUUAUUCUUUAAAUUAUUUUAAUCUUUGCCAAACUUCCGAGGAAGAGAGUCUAACAGACUGCAGCAGAGCCCUCUGGUGGGUUGGGUGCUGAUCACAGUUGUACUGUGGGAAGCUGGAAGAAUACAAUAGACAAGUCAAUUUCUCCAAUCGCCCACAGUUAUUUCUAGAAGAUGUGAGAUGAGAGUAACCUGGAACUUAAGACCUUAUUUACUGCGUUUUGAAUAGAUCUGUCCAUACCUUUUUUGUAUGUUC